GAGGCGUGGGGGGGGAGGGGACGAGAAGAUGGGCUUGUUGCGAUUGGUCUCGUCCCUCGCUCUGCGCGCGGGCCUGACAGACGCCCCUCGUGCCCCUCCUUGGCUUUGGUCUUUCUUUUCUCCCCAGAGAGGUUUGGUCAUGGCGGAGGCAGCAAAGCCGCUGAGUUUAGUGCCAGAGGCGGAGAUAGAUCCUGACGGCACCUUCAAAUACAUUCUCUUGCGAGUGCAGGGUAGCGGUGACGAAUACCGAGAUAUCGUGAGAGGCACCUCGGCCGCCGAGUUCCACAAUCACAUAUUUGAAAAAGUAAAUCCUGAAAUAGAAAAGCUGGGCUUUGUAUGCAAGUGUCUUGGAGGUGGAAAAAUCGAGCAUAAUAGCAAAGACAAGAAAAUGCGUGUGUUUGGUCUUUCUACAGGAUAUGGUAAAGCUGAUCAUUCAGUGACUGUGGAAAUACUAAAGAGAAGAUAUAAGGAUUAUGAAAUUAGUUGGUCUGAUGACAAGAAGUGAAUCACUAUCACUAUGCAAUCUAAAAUAUGAGUUUGCACUUCUUUUCAGCAUUAUGUGACUUAAUUCUAAGACAUCAGAAAAGUCAAUCGUAUUUCGCUUAUGCUGAAUAAAGAGUUUGAAUGUAAA